AGUCCAUCACCAAAAUGAUUGAGGAGUGCUGUGGUUAUGUGGACCUCUUCCCAGACAAACCGACACAACUCGAGUUCAUCGACACGUUGAGGAGUAUUACCGCAGGAAAGAUCUACGUGGAGGUGGAGAGGGCGCGACUGACGCUGAAGUUGGCGCACAUGAAGGAGGCGGAGGGCAACACAGAGGAGGCGGCGAACAUUCUUCAGGAGCUACAGGUGGAGACGUUCGGCUCGAUGGACAAGAAGGAGAAAGUGGAACUCAUUUUAGAGCAAAUGAGGUUCUGUCUGCUUAAGAAGGACUUCGUGCGGACGCAGAUCAUCAGCAAAAAGAUCCAAACGAAGUACUUCGAGGACGCGGCCGUCCAGGAGCUGAAGUUCAAGUACUACAACCUCAUGAUAGAAUUGGAUCAGAGUGAGAGCUCCUAUCUGUCCAUUUGUCGCCACUUUUUGGCGAUCUUUAACUCACCCGCCAUUCAAGAGGAUCCCGUGAAACGCGUGGACAUCAUGAAGAAGUGUGUGAUCUAUAUAGUGCUCGCGCCGUACGACAACCAACAGCACGAUCUGAUUAACAGACUCAUGAAGGAGAAGGUCUUGCAGGACAUCCCCCGGUAUCUCAAUAUCGUGAAGCUCUUCACGAAGUGGGAGCUCAUUGAUUGGCGCGGAUGGGAGGCCUCGAUGGUGGAGCUGCUGAGG